AGGUUAACCUUUGUGUGAAGGUGCUUAAGGGCCCUUCCUGCACCAGGCUGAACAGCUGAUGAGAGCUGUGAAGUGAAAUGAAGGGGAGGGACUGAACCCUGCAGGAAGCUUGAAGGCAGAGCCUUAUUCUAAUGAAGUCACUUGGUGUCUGAUGCCUGCUUUUUAUCUCACUGUCCUGGUGAGUAAAAUGUGUCUGUCUUGCAAAGCUAGCUGAGGAUCUGAUAGGUACCGUCGGUAACCACAGCAGCGGCCACAUGAUGCUCUGCAGGAGGAAGAACUUUUUCAGAAGUUGGUUUUAAGAUAAGGUACAAGCAGUUUGAAAAUGUUGCCCACGCUUCUUACAUGUGCAGAUAAGUUCUCUGCUCUGGACUGGAAAUACUGGCGGUAAGAAAACUUGUUUGACUCGCCUUGAACUGCGUUUGAAGGACAAAACGAUGAAUAAUCAAUCGAUGACAGGGAGGACCAUGGUCCCGACCAUUCCGUCCAUCAUGUUCAUUUUCGGGGUGGUUGGGAAUGUCAUCGCCAUCGUGGUUCUUUGUAAAUCUCGCAAAGAACAGAAAGAAACCACGUUUUACACGCUUGUGUGUGGACUGGCAGUCACGGACCUCCUGGGCACAUUGUUGGCCAGUCCGGUCACCAUCGCCACCUAUGUGAAAGGAUCAUGGCCCGGAGGGGACCCGCUGUGCCAAUAUUUUGGAUUCACUUUGCUUUUCUUCUCUCUGGCGGGACUCAGUAUCAUCUGUGCUAUGUCGGUGGAGAGAUACAUCGCUAUAAACCAUGCGUACUUCUACAAUGACUAUGUGGACCAGAAACUGGCGGGUUUGACUCUCCUGGCGAUCUACAUCUCCAACGCGCUUUUCUGCGCCCUGCCGAUUAUCGGCUUUGGGCAGGUGAAGAAACAAUAUCCGCAAACUUGGUGUUUUUUAGAGUGGAGGAGCAACAAGACCAGCGAUGCCGCCUACUCCUACAUGUAUGCAGGUUUCAGCUCUCUUCUCAUUCUCGCCACUGUUAUCUGUAACGUGCUGGUAUGUGGGGCUUUGAUCCGGAUGCAUCGGCGCUUCGUGCGCAGGAUGUCCCUGGGAACCGAUCUGGGGCGCACCGUGAACAUGGAGCCGCCGAGGAGAGGACGCAGCUUUGGACGUCUGGCCGGUGCAGAGAUUCAGAUGGUCAUUCUGCUCAUAGGCACGUCGGCAGUGGUGCUUAUCUGCUCCAUCCCACUUGUUGCUCAGGUGUUUUUGAACCAGCUGUAUAAGACUCCAGUGGAGCUACGUUUGGACAAAAACCCUGAUCUUAGAGCAAUACGCUUCGCCUCCUUCAACCCCAUUCUUGACCCCUGGAUCUACAUCCUGCUCCGCAAGGCUGUUCUUCUCAAGCUCAUUGAGAAAAUCAAGUGCUUAUUUUGCAAGAUGGAAGCACGGGGGCAACAGAGACAGGGGAACUUUAACUGUAUAGACGCCCAUCAACUCUCCUCGGUCAUUUCUAAUCGGGACUCACAUUCCCUGGUUUCCCAUGACCUGCGAGACUUCUCCAGCAGCUCCCAGACCUUCCUCUACCUGCCAGAGGGGAGUGAAGUGUAUAAAGGAAGCUACCAUAAAGCAGACAGAGUCUCUGGUUCACAGCCUUCAUCUGACAGAAACUCAAGAGCUUCUUAUUCGUCUGAGCGAGGCAGCAUUGAAGCUCAGAGCAGAGAAGGGACAGAUGUUAUCAGGGACCUCUCAGCUCUGCCAUGCCCAAAAGACCAAGCACUUCAGGUGUCGCUGAGCACUCAGACAGUGGAGGAGAAAUGCAUCUGACUUAACUCUGAAUUAGGAGAAAGUUCUCAGUUCGCUCUGGGGUAGCUUGUCUACUGAAUGACUUCUGCAAAAAAUACUUUCAAACUCUGAAGGCACAUAAAAAAUAAUAAAUGACUCUUCUUGUGAAGUCGGACACAUGAAGCUUGGAAGAGGAACAGAUAAUCUUGAAGUGCUGUGAGCUUUAUCUUCCUGUUUGUCUCUGUUUCAGCACCCAGCUACCUCAAGUGAUGACUAUCUCUGACUGUGUGAGCAGAUUUUGUCAUUUUUGCCCAAAACAGAUGUUAUUCUCCCAGAGAUGACCCACUUCUUCAUGACUCAAGUGUCAGUGAUGGAAAAGUGAUCCUUCCUAAUUUCAGCUACUUUGUUUAAUGAUUGUGGAAACCUUUACUGUAAAGUAGAUGUGGCUCAGCUGUUUAGAAUAACUGAGUCACACACUUGUGGUCAAUAUAGGAACUGAAAACACUAUUGAAUGUGAUCCUUAUGAGUAAUCAGUGGCAUGUGCGAUUGAUUUGCUUCAUAAACUCUAUUGUACAGGGCUUUUUGAAGGACAUAUUGUGUUAGUUCCAUGACUAAUGUACAGUGCAGUAUUAUUAUGUGGUGAACAUCCAAAGUUUUCAUUCCUUGUUCCUGGAAUACACACAAAUAUGUCAUCUCAAAUUAUUUAAAAAGAGGUUUUCCAUCUUACAGUGAGGGUACAAUGGUUCCUGUGCCAUAGUAAUUAAUACUAAACAUUUUUUUCCGCAGCAUCAGAAAAUGUGGUGUAAGUCAGCAGACAGAUGUCAUUUAAAGGUCCAGUGUGUAGGAAUUAGGGGGGUAUAAUGGCAGAAAUAGAAUUUUUUUUUAUAAUAAGUAUGUUUUCUUUAGUGCAUAAUCACCUGAAAAUAAGAAUCACUGUGUUUUCGUUACCUUAGAUUAAGCUGUUUAUAUCUCGUAGGAAGCCAGUCGCUGUCUAGAUCACCAUGUUGCGCUGCCAUGUUUCUACAGUAGCCCAGACAAACCGAACGCCAGAUUUAUGGUCCUGCGGCGUACCCACAACAUACCUAUGUCAUUGCCGUGACACCGUCGUGAACCCUUCGAACUUCUCCGUCACUCCAUUUCGUCGCGGUGCAAUUCACCGCCAGAGCAGUAGGAGGUUGCAUUCCUUUCCUGAAUGUUUAUCGUCGUCUCUAGUUGAUUCCUUGUUUAGCUUCCGGCUUUUCCGGUCACAGAGAAAUGAAUGCAGAGCACGGACAGACAGCUCCGUCCGUAUCCGUAUUGAACGUUGAGCAUAAAUGGGCCUUAAUACUGCAACAUAUGUGCAACAUCUACAUCGCAACAGAAGAUGUUUAAAGAUGGCGGGGAUGGCGCAAUCUGGAAAUACAGAACCGGAAAUGCGUUGCUACCAAGCAAACCAAUCACAGCCCUCUCGGUCUGCACUGGGUCUGCGUCGCCUCGACGUGUAGUUACAUUUUUGGGGAGGUGCACGUCAGGCUACGCUGGGGGCUACGGAAAGCCUUCUGCGUAGCCAUGUACCUUACGACGUAGCGACGUCGUUGAUUUAACACAGGACCAUAAAUCAGGCUAAACACUGGCUCUAGAUAAAGUCGGUGUUUUGUUUGUCCAGUGUUUACAUCUCUUAAUGUAUAGCGUUUUUAACAAGAUAAAAUCUCCAGGUCUGUUUGUUUUGAAGAGGAGGAGACCUUUGCACAAAAAUCUCCUGAUUGUCUGACUCAAAAAAAAAAAUUGUCUCCGACAUGUCAAACGGGUAGGAAAAAACAUUGAUUUGUAAUGUAAAACUGCUUUAUUCAGUGUUUUUACCAGUUUUAAUCACAUGGUCUGUUUGUUUUGGAGAGGAAGAGACCUCUGCAGAUAAUUGAGCUCACGGUAAAAACCUCCUGAACAAGAAACACUAAAAGAAUUCUAACCAGGAGUAGUUUCAGCUGGUUGCAAUCAGCAGUUCUCACACACACUGGACCUUUAACAUGGUGUUAAGAUGAUGAUAUUUCAACACUCUGUCCGCUUGAGAAAAAUGGUGUUCUAGAUGAUCAAUGUUGUACAAAUUAUUGUUUGUAAGACAAUUAUUCUUCUCUAGGAGAAGGUUUUAGUUGAUAAAUCAGAGCUCUAAUGGGAUUAUCCACCCUAAAGAAGUAUUUGAUCAGUCCUUGUGCUCAUGAAUUGCCUUCUUACUAUACAGCACUAACAUCCAGAAAAUCAGGACUUUGCAAGAUGUUUUGUAUCAGAUAGGGCUGCAACUUAAAGUUAUUUUAAUUAGCAGUUAUUCUGCUGGUUAUACAAUAAUUGUUUAGUCAAAAUGUCAGUUUCUGUGAUCCUAUCCUGUGCCCCAUUUUUCCCACUGGCAGAAUUCCCCUUUUUAAUGUCUUCAUUUAGUCAAUUGACACCUUCAGCUGCUGUUGUAGCACUAUAUAUAUAAUAGACUGAACUUUUGAACUCCUGUUUGUAUGAGAUUUUCCACUCACAUGAGAUUUAUGUCUUAGUUUCAGCAGCUUUGAAUCACACCGUCUGCCUCCUUUUCCCUGUUAUUAAAUCGGCUCCAGAUUGUUGCUUCAUGUCCCGGAUUACAUUCUUGCCUUUCUUGUUUCUCCUGUUGCUGUUAAUUUUAGACAAGCUUGUUCGUGUGCAUAAAUGCUGAGAAUCACGCCCCUUGAGAUUGCACAAUAUAAUGAUAUUCGGUUAAGGGUAGAGUUUGAAACACAAGCUGCCUAUUCGAAAAAGGUCUUUUAAUUUAUUUCUUUAUCAUUUAUUUUUUAAUUAUGCACUUUAUUUUGUUCUAUUGUAUUUUAUUCUGUUUAUAUUGUCAUGUAUGAUUAAAUAUGUGGACAUAUAAUUGUUGUUGUGUCACUUUUCAUAUCUGUAAGCAUGACUUUGUGUGUGCCAAAACUGAGCGGUAAUAACUUCAGGAAAACAAAUGUGUACAUUUUAUAAUGCAGCUGUAAAUUAACCCUGACACUAUGACUUCACAGCAAACCUGACUUUUGACAUGUCGUCAUAUGUUGUCAACAUAAAGCGGAAGUUUAUAAUAUGAGCACUAAGUUUCUCACACUCUUUUUUCCUGCUAGGGUUUGUUGAGAUCAUCUCCUGACCCCCAUUAGCAUAGACAA